CUUUAAGCUUCCGCCCUCUCCUAUGAUGGCGGCGCCCUUUGUCGACUAAUCGGUGUGGGCUAUGUGAUGUGACAUCUGUGCACCUCAGUGAUGGCAGCGAUGGAUUUCCCACAGCACAGUCAGCUGGUUCUAGAGCAGCUAAACCAGCAGCGGCAGCUCGGCUUGCUAUGCGAUUGCACGUUUGUAGUGGACGGCAUUGAUUUUAAGGCGCACAAAGCGGUGUUGGCGGCCUGCAGCCACUACUUUAGAAUGCUGUUUGUGGAGCAGAAGGACGUGGUGCACCUGGACAUUAGCAAUGCGGCAGGCCUUGGUCAAGUUCUGGAAUUCAUGUACACGGCUCGGCUCAGCCUGACUCGUGAUAACGUGGAGGACGUUCUAGCAGUGGCAGGAUUCCUACAAAUGCAAGAGAUCGUUAAUGCCUGCACAGCCUUGAAAUCGCUCAGUUUGCAGGCUGGCGCUGCCCAACACAGCUCAGUAACUCUGAUACCAGAGCAAGUUGAUGAGCCCCAUUCAGAAGAGAGUUUGCCAGCGCCAGCCCUGGAUGUUGACAAUGAGGUGGAAAGAAAUGACAACAUUCAGUACCAGCAUGUGACACAUAGUGACAGUGAUGAGACGUGCAGAGAGGGCACUCCUGUGAGGGACAAAGUAUCCUUGGAGGAGACAGACCUCAUACCUCCGAGUAGUUCCCUGGAGGAGCCUGCACCCCAGCCCUCAGGACAAGAUGCUGACAAUGAUGAAAGGAUUACAGAUGAAGGCGUGAAGCACAAUACGUGGGGCUCUUCAUCUGGGGAGAAUAAUGACCCCGGGCUGGAGGUUCCUUCUGGUCAAGAAAAACUGAAAGACCCUAUUGUCCAGCAAGAACAAAGUCCAGUCUGCGAACUGGCGCAGGGAGAGGAGAGACCACUGAAUACAUCAUCUUCCCCAGGGCAUCCUGACAAGGAACCAUCUCUGCAAGAACACGAGGCAAAGAAUGAAGACACAGAUGAUGAUGAUGAUGAUGAUGAUAGGCUAGAAAAUGGAGAGAGCAUUGAUGAGAGAGAUUCAACGUCCAAUGACUCCCAGAACACUUCGGAGGAUGUCCAGCAGCUGAACUCGGGAAACGCAGUCUAUGGAGACCGGACAGAGUCCCGAGCCUAUAGCUCAACCACUCACAAAUGUAAGUACUGCGGAAAGGAGUUUACACACACUGGCAACUUCACAAGGCAUAUCCGCAUCCACACGGGGGAGAAACCCUUCUCAUGUCAAGUGUGUAACAAAGCCUUCUCAGAUCCGGCUGCCUGUAAAGCUCAUGAGAAGACACACAGCCCACUGAAGCCAUACAGCUGUGAAGAGUGUGGGAAGAGUUAUCGCCUAAUCAGUCUCCUGAAUUUGCACAAGAAACGCCACACGGGAGAGGCUAGAUAUCGCUGUGAGGACUGUGGCAAGCUCUUUACCACUUCAGGCAACCUCAAGAGGCAUCAGUUGGUUCACAGCGGGGAAAAGCCUUAUCAGUGUGAGUACUGUGGCCGCCCAUUCUCUGACCCAACCUCCAAGAUGCGUCACCUGGAGACCCACGACACCAACAAGGAACACAAGUGCCCUUCAUGUGACAAAAAAUUUAAUCAGCCAGGGAACCUCAAAGCACAUCUAAAGAUUCACAGGGCUGACGGUCCUUUGAAAUGCAGAGAAUGCGGCAAGCAGUUUACAACCUCAGGAAACCUCAAACGGCAUCUUCGUAUUCACAGUGGGGAGAAGCCGUAUGUUUGCGUGCAUUGUAAGAGGCAGUUUGCAGACCCUGGUGCAUUGCAACGACAUGUCCGGACCCACACAGGGGAGAAGCCUUGCCUGUGUAUGAUAUGUGGGAAGGCGUUCACCCAGGCAAGUUCACUAAUCGCCCAUGUUCGGCAGCACACGGGGGAGAAGCCCUAUGUCUGUGAACGCUGUGGGAAAAGGUUUGUCCAGUCUAGUCAGCUUGCUAAUCACAUCCGUCACCAUGACAAUAUCCGACCACACAAAUGUAGUGUAUGCAACAAGGCUUUUGUGAACGUGGGAGACCUCACCAAGCAUGUAAUCAUUCAUACAGGGGAGAAACCAUUCCUAUGUGACAAGUGUGGCCGCGGUUUUAACCGCGUGGACAAUCUACGCUCUCAUGUAAAGACUGUGCACCAGGGCAAGGCUGGAAUGAAAGUCCUGGAGAGGGAAGAUGAAGAAAUGGAUGAAGAUGAGGUCAACAUUGUGACAGUGGCUCCCGAGGAAAUGGCCACAUUAGCCGCAGGACUAACAGCAACAGCUGUCACUGAGCUCACAGUGGUUCCUGUGACAGCCGAUGAGACUGAAGCACUUAAAGCAGAGAUCACAAAAGCUGUAAAACAGGUGCAGGAAGCAGAUCCCAACACCCAGAUCCUGUAUGCCUGCGAUUCUUGUGGGGACAAGUUCCUGGAUGCCAGCAGCCUUGCUCAGCAUGUCCGGAUGCACACAGCACAGGCUCUAGUUAUGUUCCAAGCAGAUACAGACUUUUAUCAGCAGUAUGGAGCUCCAACAACGUGGCAUGCUGAGCAGGUCAUACAAUCCAAUGAACUUCUCUUUCGCGCUCGUGAUGGAACAGAAGAGCAGCCACAGGUUAUGGAAUGUGAAAGCGCAGUGGAGUAAGCAGGACUCAGUGUUGGACUAUUUGGCAACCAGGAAGCUUUAGGAGAGCUCAUCUCCAGAGGCUCACUGAUAACCUCUACAGCAGGAGACUGCAUGUAGUGAAACAUCUUCAACCAGACUAAUGUAAAAAUGUAUCUGUAAUGCGAUGUUGGCCUGUACCAGAGCCCGUAUGCAUUAAAUAAAUCCUAUUUUUUAAAAA